UUAUCAUUUAUAAACACAUACAUAUGUAUAAGACGUUGCUUAUCGCAGUUUACGUCGUACUGUCGAAACGUUUGCCGCCUGCAAAGGGAAACGGUAGAAAGUGCAUACGAGUGUAACGACAAAAACAACUGCAUUGCCCGCGUAGCGCGAGUGCACUGACUCGCGAGCGAUGUAUCCAACAAUUUCCUCACGUGACGAGGAGACGCGUAUGCUUGUCGGCUAUUUGCACGCGUGUAUCGAGGAAAGAGACUUCCACAUGAUUCUCUCGUAAAUAACGUGAUAUCGCGUUGACGGAUUAGCGACAUAAGUAAACAGCGGAUAUAUUAAGCAAGUAACAAAGUAUUUCAAAAUAAGACGACACACAUGGCUGGGCAGCAGCAUCACUUCCUAUCUGGGUUCUCCAAUGUCCAGCAAUCGACUAUGCGCACACAGUUUGGUGGCGGACAAAUCGUUCCUGGUUUGAUGGGGCCACAACAGGGCAAUAUGGUGACCUCCCAACAAUUUGGCAUGGGAGUUGGUAAUGUUGGAUCUAAUGCCAUGGGAAUGCCCAAUCCCCAACAAGUGUUGGCGCAACAGCAACAACAGCAGCAGACCAUGGCGAUGCAGCAACAAAUGCAGCAGAUGCAGCAGCAACAAUUACAGCUGCAGCAGCAGCAAGCCGCGAUGGUCCAACAGAAUAAUCAAGCCAAUAAUCAGGCCACGACACCGCAGACUCCAGUACCAUCCGCACAGCUACCGCCCCGACAACAGCAGAAUAAAGACAUAAACACCAUAACUUUAUGUAGAUUCGGACAAGAGGCCGUACAGGAAAUCGUCAGUCGUACCAUGGAGCUCUUCCAAACUCUCAAACUCCUUCAACCACCCAAUGGUACUGCACAAGGAGCGAGCCUGGCGAACGAGAAGAAGAAAAAGGUCUACGAUCAUUUGGAAAUGGUCAAAGCAAUGUUCAAACGCCUGAGACUGAUAUACGAAAAAUGUAAUGAGAACUGCCAACUGCAGGGAAUGGAGUAUACGCAUAUAGAGAGUUUAAUUCCGUUGAAGGAGGAAUGGGAUAUGAAAUCUGACGAGAAGAAGACUUCGGAAGCCUACAGACUCACCUGCGAGGAGAGGAAGGAAAUUAUGGAGCAAGUGGUAUUGAAGAAUAGGCACAUUAAGGAAAUAAUUGACCACCUGAGGCGCAUUAUUUCAGAAAUAAACACAAUGUUAAACAUGCGUCGAUCUUAGGUUACCAAAUAUAGAUAUAAUUAUGUUUCAUAUUAUUAUAAAAUACAUUUAAAAAAUAAAUUUCUUUUUACAACACGGUUGGCAUCUCG